AUGUGUCCCUGUGCUUCUCUGGUUGUGUGUCCCUGUGCUCCUCUGGUUGUGUGUCCCUGUGCUCCUCUGGUUGUGUGUCCCUGUGCUCCUCUGGUUGUGUGUCCCUGUGCUCCUCUGGAUGUGCGUCCCUGUGCUUCUCUGGUUGUGUGUCCCUGUGCUCCUCUGGUUGUGUGUCCCUGUGCUCCUCUGGUUGUGUGUCCCUGUGCUCCUCUGGAUGUGUGUCCCUGUGCUCCUCUGGAUGUGCGUCCCUGUGCUUCUCUGGUUGUGUGUCCCUGUGCUCCUCUGGUUGUGUGUCCCUGUGCUCCUCUGGUUGUGUGUCCCUGUGCUCCUCUGGAUGUGUGUCCCUGUGCUCCUCUGGUUGUGUGUCCCUGUGCUCCUCUGGUUGUGUGUCCCUGUGCUGCUGUAGAAGAAAACUCUGAAGACGAAUGGUCCUGA